AUGAAGGUGGUGUUUCUGGCUGCCAGUCUUCUGGCUUUGGUCUCUAUGUCCUGCGUCCAGGCCCUGUGGCUGGGAAGGCUGGAUCCUAAGCAGUUCCUUGGGCCCUGGUACAUCCUGGCAAUGGCCUCCCGUGCCAAGGACUUCAUGGUGGAGAAGGACAUGAAGAAUGUAGAAGGCGUCCUGGUGACUCUCACUCCGGAUAACAAGCUGAGAGUUCUGUCUUCCCGGCAUGGGCCAGAUGGGUGUCGUCAGAGCAUGGUGGAGCUGCUGAAGCAGGAUUCUCGAUGGGUGUUUGAGAACCCCUCUAUUGGCGUACUGGAUUAUCGGGUGCUGGGCACUAACUUCAAGGACUACGCCGUCGUCUUCACACAGCUGGAGUUUGGGGAUGAGGCCUUCAACACAGUGGAGCUGUACAGUCGGACAGAGGUGGCUAGCUACGAGGCCAUGAAGCUGUUCACCAAAUGGAGCCAGGGUCUGGGUUUCCGGUCCCAACAGCAGGCCCAGUUGCGGAAGGACCUCACGUGUGCACACAAGAUCCUCCAGAUAGCGCCUGGGGCUUUGGGUGGACCCUCUUCAAAGCCCACGGCUCUGCAAGUGGGAAGGUCACUGAAGGUGAGGAUGAAGGAUGUUAUAAGCCCCUUGCCAACUUUUGCCCUGGUUUUCAGUGACACCAUGCGCCGGAGAUAG